AUGCCGUCGUAUAUCACAGCUAGCAAUGGCUCGCAGCAGCCGAUGUUCCUGAUCGUAAUGAGCCUGCUAGUUUUUCUGUCGGUCGUCAUAGUAUCAUUACGUUUCUAUUGUCGCAUUUUCCGCGUCCACAAAAUCGGCGCUGAUGACUACCUCAUUAUGGCCGCCGUGGCGGUGACAAUUGGGAUGACAGUUAUGAAUGGGUUUCAUGUCGCUCAGGGAACAGGUCAGCAUAUGAAAGAUUUGAACCUGGCUGUGAUCCUGGUUCCGACCUUGAAACACUGGUAUGCAUACCAGAUGGUCUACCCCCUCACGAUUGGACUGGUCAAGUUCAGCAUUCUGACCCAAUAUUACCGUAUUUUCGAGGUCAAGCACUUCAGAACACAAGUGGUUGCGGUUGGAGUAUUUAUUAUGCUGUAUACCAUCAUUUGUGUUUUCGUGAACGCUUUUGAAUGUCACAGCAAACCGUGGCGAGCAUGGGACCCCUCGUUCCCCGCGGGUUGCAACAACCUCAAUGCGACAUACUAUUCGACAGCAUCCAUUUCCAUCUUCACUGAUUUGGUUAUCCUGGUGUUGCCUCUUCCGCAGUUAAUGAAAUUGAAUAUACAUCGACGCAGAAAAUAUGCCUUAAUUGCCAUCUUUAUGACAGGAGCCUUCGCAUCGGCCGCAUCGAUCGCCCGCCUGCACGCGUUGUACAGAUAUUUUAACACGGAAGACGUUCCCUACGACGCCAUCCAGAUUCUUCUCUGGACGCAAAUCGAAGUAAACGUCGCUAUCAUAUCCGCGUCGGCCCCGUCUCUCCGCCCGCUCUUUGCCAGUAUUUUCAAAGGAUCCUCAUACGGCCGGGGUGGACCUUCGAGUGCCCGACACGGCGGCCACGGCUCGUCGUACGGCCGCGGAAAAUCAAACUAUCGACGCACGCUCACCCACCAUGGUAACAGCCACGGUGCAAUUGAGCUGACCUCUCGCGACGAGGAACUUUAUGCCGGCGGGGUGCAUGGAGUGACACAAUCGAGUUCAGAGGCUCGGAAAGCCGUCGAAGAUGAGAGCAGCAGCCAGGAACACAUACUAGAUCACAGCCCGAAUAUCAUGAAGACGGUUGUCAUCGAGAUGAAGAGUGAGGAUAGAAAAUGA